UAUUUAUUUAUCUUUAAACUUAAAGAAAGCUCGGGUCAAAUCUUAAGUCCACGUGUUUUAACGGCAAUAGAAAUUUAUAGGGUUGUACCAACUGCAUAAAUAUGGAGGAUAAGCUUGGUUACUGUAAUUGGAGGGAAAGGUAAGAAAUUGAGUUCCUGUAGUUAGAGUAAAGAAAAAUUGGGGUCCUUUCAAUAUGGGUAGAAAGAAAAUCGCGAUGGAGAAGAUAGAGAACGAAACGAAGAGACAAGUGACGUUUUCUAAGAGACACAAAGGAGUGAUUAAGAAAGCCAAAGAACUGGCAACUCUCACCGGUUGCGAAAUUUUGCUUAUAAUCUUUUCGAGCACGGGAAAGCUAUGUAAAUACACCAAUAAGAGCGUGGCAUAUAUAACGGAGAAAUACAGGAAAGCCACAGAAGGGAGCGAAUCAUUAGAGAUUGAGAGGAGGAAUGAUGAUGAAUUAGUAAUGCAGCAGAAUGAGAGUGAGGAUUUAGCGUUACAGUUAAGAAGGCUUUUGGGAGAAGAACUUGAAAAUUUGAAUCUUGAAGAGUUGCGUGAGCUUGAACAGAAACUAGAAGUUGCAAUCAGUCGAAUCAGGGCUAAAAGGGAGGGUUGGGUUUUUGAUUAUAUGGAGAAGAAAUUUUUAGCGCAUCAUUGUACGGGUACUCCAUUCCAGCAAUUACACCAAGAUACGGCCAUUAAUACGGGCUCACAAGUACCUGAUCCAGAGGAAGCUCAUGAUUUAUGCAUCUUAGGGGCUCGAUAAUUGUUUGGUAGGUUAUGUGUCAAACUAAAUUAUGGAUUGAGAAUUUUCUUUAAUUAGACUAUUUUUGACUUAAUUUGAUUCAAGUGAAUUAUGUAGAUUGGUUUGGCAGCUUUGAUGUAGCUCUAAGUUUUUGUAUGCUAACAAUUUUGUAAAAGAGUUGAGGCUCUUUUAAAACUUUUUUAUUUAUUAUUAAUCAA